AUGGAAACAUUACAAGCGAUUGAUAAUGGUGCAAAGUAUACUCGUGAAGAAACAAUUAUAUUAAAUGUUGGAGGAAUAAAGUAUGAAACAUAUCCAUCGACUUUGACUGCCUUUCCUGAUACUCUUCUCGGUACAAUGUUUCAGGAACGUAACAGAUCGAUGCUUCAUCCUAGGAAUGGCAACGAAUACUUUAUUGAUAGGAAUGGUUAUGCAUUUCGAUAUAUUCUUGAAUUCUAUCGUAAUGGCAAAAUACUAUGGAAUGAACGAUCGGAUAAAAAUACUGUUCCUGUCACUAAAGAAGAAUUAGAUCAAGAAAUUGAUUAUUUUCAAAUACCUGUUAAAGAUGUUUCAUUGAUUUCAGGGGAAAAAACUGUAGCUGCUAAAGUUGAUGCAUUUGUCGCUGCACUCAAGGAAUUAAUCCAUGAAGCAAUGGAUCAACUCCAAACUGAGAUUCAUCUGAAAUUUUAUGAAGAUGGUCAACCAGGUUUACAGUAUUGGAGUCCUGCGUAUCGACAAAGUGCAAUUGUUGAAAACAUUUUGAGACCAUUUAACAUUGUAGGUUAUGUAAUUCUACAACAAUUUGGCGAUACAAUAGAAAGACAUCUUAAAUCUGAAAUUCCAGAAAUAUCCUGGCUUCUUAAUGAAGGCACACCUCGAUUUCCACCAGAUCUCCCACCGGACUUUGAUUCGCGAGCUUCGUUUAUUGGUGGAUCAGGCGGUCCUAACGGAACAAUUGGCCCUUUAAUAAAUAAUAAUCGACCUUCGUUUUCUUUCGCAACUAGGCAAUCUAUCAAUAACCAACAAAGAUUGAACGUGUUUGGUAAUGCGACUACAGCACCUUCAUUUAAUCUAUUUGGUGCUACUAGUGGAGUAAAUACGCUUAAUAGAAGUCCUCAGGCGGUAUUCCAAUCAAAUGGCUUCGGUACUUUUACAAAUAUUCAACCAACUAUUCCAUCAUUUGGAGCUUUCGGAUUUAGCCAACCGAUUAUCCAGGCGACUAAUGAUAGUAAUGGUUUCGGUCAUUCAUCCCUUGGAAAUAUUACGAGUAUUCAAUCUGGGACAACUUUUGGGUACGGAAACAUACAACCAGCUACUACUACAAAUGGAUUUAGAGUUGCUAUUACUUCACCAACAUUUUCAACGAAUAAUAAUCAACCAACUAGAUUUGUUGUUCCGGGAAAUUUUACUUUAAAUCCAAGAAUUACGUCUAUUGAUGAUACAGUUUUUCGUCGAUGUCCUCGAAACGAUGGGAAAUGCCUUGAAUUGGUUAUAAAAAUCGUUUACAAUUACUCUGUCGCAAAUAUUUUGGCAAACACUUGUCUUGCUAAUGAUUAA